UCCUGGCUGAGCUGGAGGUUAGAAGCAGCAGACAGACUGAGUCUCAUUGAGAAGCUGAAAAAAAACAAGUUUACAAGUUUAACCUGUGUGUAUUUCUGGGUAACUGACUACUGUUCAAUAGCUGCAAUAAUGCCCAUAGUAAGUUCACUUGGCCCGCUGGACAUGUACAUCGAUAAGGAGGAGGGAGUUGCUCUGAAGGCUGAUAAUGGAAACUUCUUGAGUUGCAUAGGAACUAAUGAAUCGAUGUACCUUGAAGCUGCAAAAGCAAACAAAGACCAGUGGUGCAAAUUUCGAGUCACAAAAUCCCCAGAUGGGAAAGUCCUUCUACAGGACAAGAGGGGAAAAUAUCUGAGUAGAUACGAUGAGGGUGGCAUUCAGUACAUUAGACCAGUGAAGUCUUCCCCAGAUGAUUGCUGUAAAUUUAGUGUCUUUACUGACAACAAUAUGAUCCUCCUCAAGGCUGACAAUACAUUGUAUGUGAGUAGAAUACAGAGACAGAGACAGAAUAUCGAGGCAGCAAAAGAAGGGCCAGAUGAGUGUUGUAAAUAUGCUGUAAGCAUUGGUGAUGUUGUCGAACCAUCUUUCACAAUCGUCAGUAUUGAACUCAAAGAUUUUAACCCAGACCAAAUCAAAUCACCUACUGCUGUAACAGAACAAACCUACACUAACAAUACCAGCAUUAAUCAAAGCCACACUUUCAAACUGUCUUGGACUGACAAAACCAGUGAAACGACCACCUGGAACCAUGCUUGGGGUUUCAGUUCUUCAUUGUCUUUUGAUAUACUAAUUGCAAAGUGUAGUGCUACAGUUUCUUACAAUGGAUCAUAUCAGAAAUCGUCUACUUUGGAGAAGACAGUCACAGUGGCUGAUGAGACCACAAUCACUGUUCCUCCAAAGAAAAGGGUUGUGGCUAAAUUAAUUAUUAACAAAAAUGAUAAUGCUGUUGUUCCAUUUAGAGCUAAAAUUAAGAAAAUCGAUUGCAAUGGUGCUGAAACAAUCUUAACUGAAGAGGGAACUUGGAAAGGAAUUUUAUACACUAAUGUGACUAUUGAUGCAUCAGAACAGCCAGCAUAGAAGGAGGUUUAGGGACAGGCUUACUUUCAUAUGUUUGAUAAAUCAUUUUAUUUGAAUUGCAACAUCAGCUUUUUAGAAUCACAAACAGAUGCUGAAGAUACGUGAACACAAGUAUAAUUGUUACUAUUUUAACCUGUCAUAUGCUUUCAUUGCUUGAUCUUCUUAUUCUUACAUCUGAACAAUUUCCUCACGCAAGCUCUUGUAUCCCUCAGACUAAAUCUUAAACUUAAAAAAUUACAUUGUUGAUUUCAAAAAAGCUAACAACCACUUUAUUUGAUUUGAUUUAAGUUUCCAUCCAUUUUCUGAAUCUUCUACAUCCAGUAUAUAUGGUCACAGGGUGUCGGAUCACAUGACAGAUGCAUUGGGCAGCCAAGCCACAAUGACAUACACAUUGGGGGACCAACACAAAAACUACACAUCAUUCAAAAACAGCUUUGUCUACUUCCAUGAAAUUUUCAUGCAGUUUAAAAUGUAGGCUUUAUGAAGUUUCAAGAAUUGCAUUGAGGAGUCGUAUUCGGAGAACCAACACCACAAAAACCAGUCAUGACUCCAGAACAGCUGAGUGGAUGUUCAUGUGUGUAUACUACAAUUAACUCAACUUAACUUACAGAGUUUGUUUAGUUUCAAACAUUUCAUCAUUAAUAGGUGUUAGGGGAUAUGAUUUUAAUAUGUAGUAGAAGUAAUCAAGAUUGUUAUUUAGGAUGUUUUAGCUAUCUUUCUUUCCUUUUAAGUUUCUCUGUUAAAAUCAUUUUCUGAAUAAUGGAUGCAGCAUAGAAUUGUGACUUUGCAGCAUAGAAUUGUGACUUUUACAAUUUUUAUUUUGAUUUACUUGAACUUCUGAUCCUGAUAAAACUUGUAGUUAACCACAAAGAACUGGACAUGUCUAGCAGACAGAGGACAUUAGAAAGGAAAACCGCAAAAGGGCAAUCGGUCAACAUUUAAAUAGUAAACUGGUCCUUUUCCUGGACUUUCUUUCAUCUUAAAAGUGAAGUCCUUGAAUUGUUGACUACCUUUGAGUGUGUACUAAUAUAAUCUGUCAAAAUGACAUAGGGCUACUCACCUUGGUCCUAACACCCUUUAAAAUGUCAACAACUACAAGUGCAACCACGAAGAGGAAAAAAACACAAAGAUCAGAAGAUUCAUACUGUGCAGAAACGCAAGAGAAGAGCCUCACCGAACGCUGUCACACCUCAGCCAUCUGUGACAAUUCCUAGAAAUCACGGUGUGAUUUUUACCAGAAUUAUUUGCCUUUUUAUUUGCUUCUGAUUAUGGCAUAUUAAGCCUGUUAAAUCUAUAUUGAGUGAAUAAACAUUUCUUAUCUUCUCCGCA